AUGGCAUACGAUUUUUCACGCGUAGAGAUUGGUCGCCGCGGUUGCGAUCAUUGUGGCGGCGAUAGCAGCUAUACCGUGGGCAAGCCAGGUGGGUCGUGGGACCUGCAGACCAACCUCACCGCCUGGGCGUCCACCAUCGACUUCCACCCGGGCGACCAGCUGGUGUUCAAGUACGACGCGUCGGCGCACGACGUCGUGGAGGUGACCCAGGCCGGCUACAGCUCCUGCUCGAUCGGCGGCGAGCGAGCCCCGUCGCCGGCGGCACCCACCAGACCGGCAACGACAGCAGCGGCAACACCAUUUGUUUCAAAUGUGCCCCUCGGCGGCGCGGCGCCGGGGUCUUCUGCAGCCGGUCUCGGCUCUCUACUUGUCACCGUUGUGUCCCUGCUGUUUGGCCUCACCCUCACCAUUGCCUAG